UUGGUUAUCCACAAGAAGGCGUCGGCCGUUGGGGAGGUGUUUCGGGAUUUCUCUGCAUGAGUGGAAUAUACCCUGGAAUAGACAUUACAGGGGAAAACGCUCCACAGUGCGAACUCGUGCCUUUUUCUCACUUGUGUUGAGGAUAUUUAGAUUUCAGGAUGCCAGUUUUCCACACCAAGACGAUAGAGAGUAUCCUGGAGCCGGUGGCUCAGCAGAUAUCCCACUUGGUUAUCAUGCAUGAGGAGGGCGAAGUUGAUGGGAAGGCGAUCCCAGAUCUCACCAGCCCAGUGGCGGCAGUGCAAGCGGCUGUCAGCAACCUCGUGCGGGUGGGGAAGGAGACGGUUCAAACCACAGAAGACAAGAUUAUGAAGAGAGACAUGCCUCCGGCCUUCAUUAAGGUGGAAAAUGCCUGUGCUAAGCUGGUGGAAGCCGCUCAGAUGCUGAGGACAGACCCCUACUCAGUCCCGGCCCGUGAUUACCUCAUCGAUGGCUCACGGGGCAUCCUGUCAGGCACUUCAGACCUGCUUCUGACCUUUGACGAGGCAGAGGUGCGUAAAAUUAUCCGUGUUUGUAAAGGCAUCCUGGAAUACCUGACCGUUGCAGAGGUUGUGGAAACCAUGGAGGACUUGAUCACUUAUACUAAAAACCUCGGACCAGGAAUGACGAAAAUGGCAAAGAUGAUUGACGAGCGGCAACAGGAGCUGACACACCAGGAGCACCGUGUGAUGCUGGUCACCUCCAUGAACACAGUGAAGGAACUGCUGCCCGUGCUUAUAUCAGCCAUUAAAAUCUUUGUGACAACCAAGUGCAUCAAGAGUCAUGGUGUGGAGGAGGCCUUGAAGAACAGAAACUACACGUUUGAGAAGAUGAGCGCCGAGAUCAACGAAAUAAUCAGAGUGCUGCAACUCACUUCAUGGGAUGAGGAUGCCUGGGCCAACAAAAAGGACACAGAGGCCAUGAGGAGAGCACUAGCACUGAUCGAGUCAAAGAUGGGUCAGGCUAAAGGCUGGCUGAGGGACCCUAACGGUCUUCCAGGAGAUCCGGGAGAGCAUGCGCUGCGUCAGAUACUGGAUGAAGCAGGAAAAGUGGGUGAGCUUUGUGCGGGGAAAGAAAGACGAGAGAUCCUAGGAACAGCCAAGACCUUGGGCCAGAUGACGGAUCAGGUGUCAGACGUGCGCACCAGAGGUCAGGGUGCCACCCCUAUGGGUAUGCAGAAAGCUCAGCAGGUGGGCCAGGGUUUGGAUAUUCUGAUGGGGAAAGUGGAGAACGCUGCUCGGAAGCUGGAAGCGCUGACCAAUGCCAAACAAGCCAUCGCCAAGAGAAUCGACACGGCCCAGAGCUGGCUGGCUGAUCCUAACGGUGGUCCGGAGGGGGAAGAAAACAUCCGCGCUCUUCUGGUGGAGGCCAAGCGCAUCGCUGACCUGUGUGAAGACCCUAAAGAGAGAGAUGACAUUCUGCGCUCCAUCAGUGAGGUCGCAGGACUCACUGCGAGACUGGUUGAACUCCGAAAAAUUGGUAAAGGAGAUACUCCUGAGGCUAGAGCGCUGGCCAAGCAGAUUGGCACAGCUUUGCAGAACUUGCAGGCAAAGACUAACCGUGCUGUGGCCAACAUGAGACCUGCCAAGGCUGCUGUUACACUAGAGGGCAAAAUGGAGCAGGCCUUGCACUGGAUCAACAACCCUGGAGUGGACGAUCAUGGAGUAGGCCAGGCUGCCAUACGGGGGCUGAUAGCAGAAGGCUGUCGGCUGGCAAACUCUCUACCAGGGCCGUACAGACAGGAACUGCUAGCAAAGUGUGAGCGAGUGGAGCAACUGAUGAUGCAGUUAUCAGAUCAUGCGGCGCGGGGAGAGGGAGAGAGUCCUCAGGCGCGCGCCGUGGCUGCUCAUCUCCUGAAUGCAAUUAACGAUCUAAAGGCAAAGAUGCAGGAAGCAAUGACCCAGGAGGUGUCUGAUGUUUUCAGUGAUACGACCACACCAGUUAAACUCCUGGCUGUGGCAGCAACUGCGCCUCUUGAGACCCCCAACAGAGAGGAGGUGUUUGAAGAAAGGGCAUCUAACUUUGAGAAUCAUGCCAGUAGACUGGGUGCUACAGCGGAGAAGGCCGCUGCCGUGGGAACAGCCAAUAAGAGCACAGUUGAAGGCAUCCAGGCGGCUGUGAAAUCAUCCAGAGAUCUUACACCUCAGGUCACUUCUGCUGCACGCAUUUUGCUGAAGAACCCUGGCAACCAGGCUGCAUACGAGCACUUUGAGACCAUGAAGAACCAAUGGAUUGACAACAUUGAAAAAAUGACCAGUCUUGUGGAUGAAGCCAUUGACACUAAAUCCCUCUUGGAUGCUUCAGAGGAGGCCAUUAAGAAAGACAUCGAUAAAUGCCGGGUGGCGAUGGCUAACGUUCAGCCCCAGAUGUUGGUUGCAGGGGCCACCAGCAUUGCCCGGCGGGCUAACCGGGUCCUUCUGGUGGCCAAACGGGAAGUGGAGAACUCAGAGGACCCGAAAUUCAGAGAACUGGUCAAAGCUGCUUCAGAUGAACUUGGUAGAACAAUCUCACCCAUGGUUAUGGCUGCUAAAGCCGUGGCAGGAAACAUCCAGGAUCCAGGUUCUCAAAAGAGCUUCCUGGACUCUGGCUACAGGAUCUUGGCUGCUGUUGGGAAAGUCAGAGAAGCCUUCCAGCCUCAGGAGCCUGACUUUCCUCCUCCACCUCCAGACCUUGAUCAGCUGCAUGUCAGUGAUGAUCAGGCUCCUCCCAAACCGCCCCUUCCAGAGGGAGAGGUACCUCCACCGAGACCUCCACCCCCAGAAGAGAAAGACGAGGAGUUCCCUGAGCAGAAAGCUGGCGAGAUGGUGAGCGAGCCGAUGAUGGUGGCGGCCAGGCAGCUACACGACGAGGCCCGUAAAUGGUCCAGCAAGCCUCCCCAGCCUGAAGGGACACACGACGGGUUUGAGACCGCUGUAGAUAUAGACAAUGAGGAUGAAUUCACAGACAUCGAGGAUGAUUUUGAGCCAGAGCUUCUCUUAAUGUCUUCAAAUCAGCCAGUUAACCAGCCCAUUCUGGCCGCUGCGCAGUCUUUGCACCAGGAAACCCGCAAAUGGUCCAGUAAGGGUAAUGACAUCAUUGGAGCAGCUAAGCGCAUGGCCCUGCUCAUGGCGGAGAUGUCUCGUCUGGUGCGUGGAGGCAGUGGGAAUAAACGUGCCCUCAUUCAGUGCGCCAAGGACAUCGCCAAAGCCUCCGAUGAGGUCACACGGCUGGCUAAGGAGGUAGCCAAGCAAUGCACUGACAAACGGAUUCGCACAAACCUGUUGCAGGUUUGUGAGCGUAUACCAACUAUUAGCACUCAGCUGAAGAUCCUGUCCACAGUAAAGGCCACAAUGCUGGGACGGACAAACAUCAGUGAGGAAGAAUCUGAGCAGGCAACUGAGAUGCUUGUGCAUAACGCACAGAACCUCAUGCAGUCCGUGAAGGAGACGGUAAGAGAAGCAGAAGCUGCCUCCAUCAAGAUCCGCACAGAUGCAGGGUUCACUCUUCGCUGGGUCCGAAAGACCCCUUGGUACCAGUAAACCGAGGACUAGUUG